UGACAUACACUUGCAACAAUAGUGGGUGUUUCAAGUGUAUUGUCUUUUAUGUUUCUCAAAAUGACUACAGAACGGACAGAAACAAUUGUACACAAUGCAACGAAAACAUUCAAGUACUCUUUCCCGACCUGCACCAAUGAAGAAUUAUUAUUUAAACUGGUAGUGCCGGUUGAGAUCCCAUACGACGGAUCACCGCGCGAGCUGCUGCAGCGCGUUAUCAAUAUGUUUCACAUACCCCUAUAUCUAGAAGAUGAGUUAAAUGAGAAACUAGCUCAGUUCAUCAGCGAUGAGACGCGUGAGUUCCAUAAUAGUCGAGACGAGAAGCUGCUCAACCAGCUAAAGAACAACGAGCUGAACGUGGACGGCAUCGUCAAGCAGUGGGAGAAACUCUUCAAAGAGAAUGUGGUGGAGUUUGCCGAACAGAAGGGAACUUCCGAUGAGGAGGUGUUUGCUGCAGCAUACCACAAGUUAGUCCACUCACCUGCACUAGACACCAUCCUGCAGGUGGAGAACUCUUAUGCCAAAACUGUCUCCAACAUGAUGCAGAGCCGCGAUGAAGACAUCAACAAACUCACAGAAAGACAAACAGAGGAAAUGGAAGAGAAGAUGCGUCUGCUGAAUGUGAGCACGACAGAGGAGGAGAUCAACGAGACGGCGGCGCGGCAAUUCGAAGCGCAGAGCGUGGCGGCUGCGCGCUGGGAAUCGCAGCUGGAUGCACUCCGGCACACGCAGCGGGCUGCGCACCGCGCUUGGCUCAUGGCCGCGCUCGACCACUACCAGGGUCAGGCGGAACUCGCCACGCCCAGCAACUCUCCGCUCACAACGUUUCCGCCAGAGACAGGGGAAUUGGUCGCCCCGGGCGGGCCGGUCGAGCCGCGGCCUCAGCUCGAGGAGAGUUUCACCAUCCACCUCGGCAGCCAGCUGAAGCAGACGCACAACAUCCGCCUCGUGGCCGCAGACAUGCUCGACCUCUGCGCACUCAACCACCACGACAACGGCGCGGCGGCGCGGCUGCAGCCCGCGCUGGCGCUGUACUCGGGCGAGCUGACGGGCGCGGUGGUGCUGUGCGAGGCGGGCGCUGCGGGCGCGGGGGAGCCGCCGCAGCGUCUGCUGCGUCUGGCCGCCGCCGCCACAGAGCACCACUUCGACGAUAUCAACCGACAGCUACGGCAUAUCGCAGAGGCGAUCCGUGAACCCGCGGAGCAGCGCAACGCCCGGCGCGCGCAGCAGGCGGGGGGCGCGGGGGGUGCGGCGGGCGGUGGGCGCGGGGGGUGGGGCGGGGGGCGCGCGCUGCGGCCGGGCGACGUGCUGGUGACGCGGCACAGCAACCUCGAUACGCACGUCAUCUUCCACCUGGUGGUCGACGACUCCCUGAAGGCAGACAUAACGUCGCGACACCCGGCCAUCCUCGGGCUGCGCAACAUCCUGAAGGCGGCGUGCUGCAACGACGUCACCACCAUCUCCCUGCCGCUGCUGCUGCGCAACGAGAUCACUGAGGAGAUGACUGCGGCGUGGUGCGUGCGGCGCGCGGAGCUGGUGCUGAAGUGCGUGAAGGGGUUCGUGCUGGAGGCUGCGGGCGGCGGCGGGGCCGAGCUGCGCACGCUGCACGCCGCGCUGCCGCCGCACGCGCCUGAACUCUUCGCCGCCGUACAGUCGCUGCUGCCGAGCGUGUUCCGUGUGGCGGGUCCGCUGCGUGCUCCGCGCCGUGUCACACCGCUCUGACACUAAACAUUGCUACAAACUUUGUUCCACGACACUGUUAAAGACAAGCCUUAUGGUGAAUAUCCACUGUCGUAGCACAUUGCGACAAUAUUGCGAUUCCUUUCGUUCUCGAUGAAUAAAACAGAAGCAGCAAUAGUUUUAUUAUACAAGUGACAUGUGUACAUUCCUCUUAGCGACUUGAAGUGAUCUCAUAUCGUUGUGGAUAUUUAUAUGUCGGUAACUUUACACAAGAAAGUUUCAUGGUAACUACCUUGAUGUGAUACUCGUUUAUAUUUUUAUCUUAUACCAUAUAAU